AAGGAAGGAGUCCUGGAGAAUACAGAAGUGGCAAUGGGAGUGAGGACGAGCAGAAAGCAUGGUGGGCCAUGGAGUGGGAGUGGCCAUGGCAUGCGCGUCCGUGUCGAGAGAGACGAGACGAGAUGAGAGAGAAGCAGCUUUUGGCGGUUUGCAGAGCAGCAGCAGCAGCAGGCAUGGAUUGAUAGGGUGUGGUGUGGCAGGUGCUUGUUGGCGACUGCCCUCUCAGCCAAGCCCUGCCCCCACUCCACUCCUCCUACCCCCACCAUCAAUCCAUCGCCCUCCUCUAUCCCAUCCCCCGGUGUGAACCGAGAGCUCCUCGCUUCGCUUGGCCUGGCCCUGGCGUCGUCGUCGCCGGUCGGAUUAGGAUUGAUUAAUCAGCGGGUGGUUCCGUGAGCUCUGUUUGUGCUGCCGCGCCGGAGCGCGUGGAGUGGAGUGCAGGGGGAAUUUUUUGGUGCGAGUUGGUUCGAUCUUCUUCUUCUUCGUCGUCGUCUUGGCGGAAUCGAAUCUGCGGCUUGUGGGGGGAUGGGGUUGUGGAUGCGGUGGCGGUGGUGGGCGGUCGCCGCCGUUGUGCUCAGCGUGGUCCUGCCGCCGUCAGCCGCGACGCUCUCUCCGGCGGGCAUCAACUACGAAGUGGUGGCGCUGAUGGCGAUCAAGACGGAGCUGCAGGAUCACUACAACGUGCUCGACAACUGGGACAUCAACUCCGUCGACCCUUGCAGCUGGAGGAUGGUCACCUGCUCCUCCGACGGCUAUGUAUCGGCGCUUGGUCUUCCCAGCCAAAGAUUGUCUGGUAAAUUAUCGCCAGGCAUCGGAAACCUCACCAGGCUGCAAUCUGUGCUAUUGCAGAACAAUGCAAUUUCUGGCCCUAUUCCUGGUAGCAUAGGCAGGCUGGGGAUGCUACAGACGCUUGACAUAUCAGACAAUCUUCUUACCGGGAGCAUCCCGAGUUCAGUUGGCGAUCUCAAGAACCUCAACUAUCUAAAAUUGAACAACAACAGCUUAUCUGGAGUUUUACCUGAUUCACUGGCCACCAUUAAUGGCCUUGCUCUGGUAGAUCUUUCAUUUAACAAUCUGAGUGGUCCGUUGCCAAAGAUUUCUUCAAGAACUUUCAAUAUCGCUGGAAAUUCAAUGAUAUGUGGUCUGAAGUCUGGAGAUAAUUGCUCUUCUGUGUCAAUGGACCCGCUUUCUUAUCCACCAGAUGACUUAAAGAUUCAGCCGCAACAAAGCAUGGCAAGAAGCCACCGUAUUGCUAUUAUCUGUGGAGCAACUGUGGGUUCACUAGUAUUUGUCGUUAUUGCAGUCGGCAUGCUUCUUUGGUGGAGGCAUAGGCGUAACCAACAGAUCUUUUUUGAUGUAAAUGCUACAGAUCAAUAUGACCCAGAAGUAUGCUUGGGUCAUCUGAAGCAGUACGCCUUCAAGGAGCUUCGAGCAUCUACCAAUAAUUUCAACUCAAAGAACAUUUUAGGUGAAGGUGGAUAUGGAAUAGUAUACAAGGGUUUUUUACGUGAUGGUUCAGUUGUUGCUGUUAAAAGAUUGAAAGACUACAAUGCUGUUGGUGGAGAAGUUCAAUUCCAAACUGAAGUUGAAGUCAUAAGCUUAGCUGUUCAUCGGAAUCUCCUUCGACUUAUUGGAUUCUGCACUACAGAGAGUGAGAGAUUACUUGUUUAUCCUUAUAUGCCGAAUGGAAGCGUUGCUUCUCAAUUGCGAGAACAUAUAAAUGGCAGGCCAGCUCUAGAUUGGUCAAGGAGAAAAAUGAUAGCACUAGGUACAGCACGAGGGCUCCUUUAUUUGCACGAACAGUGUGAUCCAAAAAUAAUCCAUCGUGAUGUUAAAGCCUCCAAUGUGCUUCUUGAUGAAUAUUUUGAAGCAAUCGUGGGAGAUUUUGGAUUGGCAAAACUAUUGGAUCACCAGGAGUCCCAUGUUACCACAGCAGUGCGUGGGACUGUUGGACACAUAGCUCCGGAGUAUUUAUCAACUGGUCAGUCAUCGGAGAAGACAGAUGUCUUUGGGUUUGGAGUCUUGUUGGUUGAGUUGAUCACUGGCCAGAAGGCACUAGAUUUUGGACGACUAGCAAAUCAGAAGGGUGGAGUGCUUGAUAUGGUAAAGAAGCUUCAUCACGAAAAGCAGCUGAGCAUGAUGGUGGAUAAAGACCUGGGCAGCAACUACGACCGGGUGGAGCUGGAGGAGAUGGUCCAGGUGGCCCUGCUGUGCACGCAGUACCACCCGUCGCACCGCCCCAGGAUGUCGGAGGUGAUCCGGAUGCUGGAAGGGGACGGGCUCGCGGAGAAGUGGGAGGCGUCGCAGAACGUGGACACGCCCAAGUCCGUCUCGUCGGAGCUCAUCCCCCCGAAAUUCAUGGAUCUCGCCGCUGCGGACGAGUCCUCGCUCGGCCUGGAAGCCAUGGAGCUCUCCGGACCAAGGUGAGAUCCGCGACCCACUUCGAUCGCGUGUCGGUGCAGAUAUCUUGCUUUUUUACAUGGCUGCUAUUGCAUUCUGAGAUUAGCUUCUGAGAGCAAGAGGGGGAACAACAGGUGAAAUGUGAAAAUUUUCCGAGUGGGGUAGGGUAAGCAAGGUAGUAGCUGUGGUGGUGGGAUGGCAUGGCAUUGCAUUCAUUUGUACAUACGGCGUGUAUUUGUGUGAGGUUGAGCCCAUCCUUGCUGCCGCAUGUACACGUGGCAGAGAGCGAUUGGAUGAUUCGAGUAAAUAUAGAAAGAGAAAUUUUCCAGCAGGGGCUUGGUUUUUCUCUCUUCCAGUUA